CGCUAGUACCAGUUUCACGUGAUCGUUUCAACCCACUAUCGUCUCCGUCUUUUCUCGAGUCAAUUGGAAAUUUUUUUCGUCGGUUUAAAAAAUAGGUGAAGGACCGAUUUUUCGAGAAAUAUUUGUGGGUCAUUGGGGGAUUUUUUUUUGUUGAAACGGUGGGAGUUUGAGGUGCGGUUUGUUGGUUCGGAGAUUGUGAAAUAGUCAGACGAGGUUUUGAGGUGUUUAAAGUGGAAGCGGAUCGUGAAGAUUUCAAGUUGGAUUGUUUAUUUUCUCCUUCUUCACCUCUCUUAGUUCACCCUUUGAUUUACAGUUAAUUUACGUUCAAGUUUCUCCAACAACUUUUCAAGAAGCGUAAAAAAAUCUAACAGCAACAAGAAACAAGUUGAAGUGUCGAACACCCAGCGAACAAAAGUAACUCAGAGUAAAGACCCACGGAGCCAAGACAAAUUAAAUAUAAAAAAAACACUAGGAAGGGAUAAUAUAGGAGGCACUUUGUCAACAUUGUAAAGAGAAAGAACACCGAGAAAUUUUCAUUGGGACAUCCGCGACAUCCACCAGCAAGAUUACCGGUCGCGGCGGCUGCGCCAAGUAUUGUGGGACUGCUCCAUCACCCGGCAACAUUUCAUUCUCCAGCUUCCGCCAAUCCUUCACUACCAAUGUCAACUACCUGAAACGAAGUUUGCCUUCCAGGUUCUCCUCGGGGGACUUGAGCUCCGAGCUUGACGAUGAGCCCAGCGUUGAGCCUGGGAUGGCCUCCGUGGUACGGCAGGACUCCAGUCAGCCAUAUCAGGGGGCCCCGGAUCGUCCACUCCAGUGUCAACCAGCCCCUAUACCACCGCCAUCGCAACCACCAGUUCCUGGGGCACCACCUGGAGGUGACUUGAGCCUCAAUCUGAGACCGAGUUCGAGAACUACAAGUGCACCCUCGUCACCGGCGAAGACAAGGGAGAGUCUACUGCAGAGGGUUCAGAGUCUUACGGGAGCUGCACGGGAUCAGGGUGCAUCAAUACUCGGUGCAGCUGUCGGUGGUGCAACUCGUGGCUCAUCCUAUAACAAGGAUCGUUGUUUCACUCUGCUAGUGAUCGAUGAUCAGAAUACAGACUGGAGCAAGUACUUCCGUGGACGUAGAAUUCAUGGUGAUUACGAGAUCCGCGUUGAACAGGCUGAGUUCCGGGAGUUGUCUCUCACGGCUUGUGAAGCAGGCGCCACCGUGUCCAUGGCUGUCUUCCGCAAUGGGACCAAGGUUAUCAGAUCGUUUAAACCCGAUUUUGCCCUGGUCCGGCAAAACCUUCGUGACGCUGGGGAAGACAAUAGAAAUCUUCUUCUGGGACUUAUGUAUGGCAGCAUUCCGAGUGUUAACAACCUCACGGCGAUAUACAACUUCCAGGAUAAACCAUGGGUGUUUGCCCACCUGCUGGGUCUCCAGCGUCGUCUCGGCAAGGAUAAUUUCCCCCUCAUAGAUCAGACGUUCUAUCCGAAUCAUCGGGAGAUGGUCUCAGCACCUCGUUACCCAGCAGUCGUAAAACUUGGCCAUGCACACGGUGGGGUUGGUAAAGCUCGUGCCGAGAACAAUCAGGAAUUCCAAGAUUUAGCAUCACUGGCAGCACUAACAACUACAUACAGCACAUCGGAGCCUUACAUCGACACAAAAUACGAUGUUCAUGUGCAGAAAAUCGGAAACAAUUACAAGGCAUUCAUGCGAAAGAGCAUCAGCGGUAAUUGGAAAUCCAAUACGGGAUCGGCAAUGUUGGAGCAAGCAUCUAUGGCCGAGAGAUAUCGAGGAUGGGUUGACCAUGUUUCUAAUUUAUUCGGGGGUCUUGAUAUUUGUGCGAUUGAAUUAUUGGUGGGUAAGGAUGGCAGGGAAUAUAUCAUUGAAGUUAAUGACAGUGCAUUGUCGUUGAUGGGAGACUCGCAGGAAGAGGACAGACGUCAAAUUGCUGAUCUUGUUACUGCGAAAAUGCAAGCUUGCUGUAGACCACACAGUGUCUUAACCAAGACAGCAUCCAGAGGAUCAAUGUCAGGUGCGAGUCAAGCUACGAGUCCUGCGGAUGAGCGCGGACCACCAUCUGGGCCUCCGCCUGGACCGGCGCCAGUACUGGGUGCUCAUCCACCCAUUGGCUCGAUGAGCUCCAUGGGCAGCAUAGGCUCAAGCAUCGGUGCGACCACCGGCGCUGAUGUUACGAAAUCUGAUAGCCAUGGACAACUCGUACGACGGGAUUCCCAAGCGUCCCAAUCAAGCACAGUGAGCAGUGCUCCGUCAACUGGACGUCGUACCGACGAGCCGCCGCCCCUCCCCCCAUCGCGAGUGCCAUUUCAUCGUCAAGGAAGUCAAUCGCAGCCGUCGACUGGGGAAGACAGCGAGGACACCAUGAAAAAUCUCCGGAAGACAUUUGCUGGUAUUUUCGGAGAAAUGUAGAAUGGGUAAAUAAAAAAAAAACAUUACAUUAUUCAUAAUCCUGGCUGAUGCGAUGAUAGAGUUAAGUUUUGGGCAUUAAAAUAUAAUGAAGAGAUAAUUAAAAACGAGGGGAAGAAUGAAAAUAAUAAUUAAACCGGUAUUCUAAUGAGGGGCAAUGGGAAAGAGAGAAGGAAUCAUGGCGUCUGGACGAGUUGCGAUCACCUCGACGUGGAACAUUAAAUCCUGGAAGAUUAAAGCUCACUCGUCCGACAGUACUUACUCAUAUAUUCGCAGAUUAUACCGGGGAGAAUUGUAUAUUUGUGGCGAGAAUUUUUUGAGUUGAUCGCAGCCGAAUGAACUUUUUUCGUACUGAACUUCAUUUUUUCUCAGUCAGAAAUUGCUAGUAGUUGUUUCCGAAAUUUAUGGAAGAGAAUGUUACUGCAGGAAAUAAGUUGCGAUAAAUUUCGCCCUUCAGAGGACGAAACGUCGGACGAAAUGAAAUUUAAUCACGUUUUAUCGGAAAAAUUACACUUGGGAGUCUUGUUUUUGCAAUAAAACUCAUCCUUGUCUCACAUUUCACCCUCUGAAAGUCCAAUUUUGGUCAAUACUCGAACGCGAAUUUUCAAUUAAAUCCAAAAUUUCAGAACUUUUUUCUGCUUAAAUCGCUUUCAGUGCCACAUGGAGAGAAAUAUUCCAUCUAAAUGACGGAACUGGAGCUCGCGUAUUGUUUACUACAAUAACUAAUGAAAUUCAAUUGGCUGUAUCGUAAUUUCUCAUUGAAAAUUGUAAUAAAAAUUACAAAAUGUUAAAUGAUUUUCAAUAUCAGGAUGUUCUGAAGUUUCACUGAAAUACGGAGACGGUGGAAAUGUUCAGAAUUUGUGGCAGGAAAUUUAGACAGACUUUUCCAAGAGUGCAUGCUUCCCUAGAAUUUUUAUAAAAAAUUACAUCAAGGUUCCCCCACUAAAAUUCAAAAAUAAUUUUCGUUGUAUUUUUUGUUUUGCCAAUAUUGCGAUAACGUUUAAUGGCAAACGCGUAUAUUUUAUCGCGAUUCGGUCGUCACCUCAACACACUGCACCGAAAAUUCGAGAUAACAUCGCGACAACGAUUGAGAAUCCAGUGAACAAUGAUAAACCCGAUCGAUCCGAGUUAUUAUUUGCAUUAUUUUGUAAAAUAAUAUUAUCGGAGAUAGGACGUAUUUGCGAGGAGGUACUGCAAACGCACAAGUAGUUGUUAAGCACUUUCGGCCCUCAAAAAUGUCAAAAUUCGUGUUGCCAUUGAAAAAAUAAAAAAAAACCAACAGAGCGACUUAAAAUAGCAGUUGAAAAGUCGUAACCAAAUUCUUUAAUGAUAAUCGGUAUGAUCUGCUGAUUGCGUGAAAAGUGGUACGAAGGACAGUCCAAGAAAUUAACAUGAGUAAUAAAUGAUAAAACAGUUUGGCCUAUCUGCAGUAAUUGCAUUUGCGAAUAAAACCAAAGUAAAUGCAAAUGAAAUAAACGGAGUUGAGUGAAGAUAAUCAAAAUGAAUGGAGAGAAAAUUCGAGGGGGUUGUUAAUAAUGAGUAUGAAGGAUCGAUGAAUGCAAGCGCGCAGCCUCGGUUAAUGAUAAGAAAAAUCUCAGGGGUGCUAUUCAGUGCACUAGGUAAAACGUUAAGAAAAUAAACACAAAACAAAUCUUCUUUAAAAAAAACGAACAGAUGAUAAAAAUAGACCAGCCAAUUGUGUUGUAGCUGAAUGAGAUCUUUCUACAUAAUAGAGGCCGAUAAAACAAAAAAAAAAACGAAGAGAUUAACGAACAAAAAAUAAGCGCUGAAUAAAAGUCAUUAAGAGCCCGAUAAAAAAUUCCCUUCUAACCAAAAAAAUAACAAAGAAUUAGCAGAAUGAAAUGCGAAUAAAAGUGACCUAAGACAUAUAAAAAUAGUUGAAGUAUCAAAAAAAGAGGAAGAUAUAAAACAGAAAAACGAAACUAAUGGAAAAAAAAAUUAAUACAAAAAGCCCACAGUGCCAUGUUGCUUAGAUGAAUGAAAAAAAUUGUUAACUUCUCCAAAUUCUCGUGUUACGUGCUAUAAUCAUUUAUUCAAUGAAUGAUUAACAACAAAUCUACCUGAAUAAUCUCUAGAUACAAAGGAGAGAGCACAAGCACGCAGAGUUGGAUUUUUAAAUGGCUGAAGUUUAAAGGCACGAAGUUGAAAUAACUCAAGUGUUACCAUAGAUCAUAACUUGAUAAGAAAAGUUGUUGAAAAAAUAAUAAAUCGUGUAUCAGAAUUUUUAUAAAUAAUUUCGUUAAGUUUACUUCCAAAGCCGCAUUUAGCAACAUUUCAACAAUUGUUUUCUUCAUCCAAUGGACCGAAAAAAAAGAACGAAAAAAUCAUUUAUUUAUAUCAUGUAUUGGUAACAAUAAUGAAAACUUAGCAAUAUCGUUGAAAAAUACUCAAUUAUAAUAAUUGUUAAUUAUGUAAUAGUAAAAAUUUUCUACGCGUCGCGGCUCUACUACGAAUAAUUGUUACAGUUAACAGUCUCAUUAUUUUCAUGAAUAAUUCGUGAAUAUUUUGCUCAUUUCUCCCUCUCGAGAUUAUUUUUACCUUCAUUAUUAAUUCUUAUCUAUGAUCGUGAUGUCAAAUAUAAUUAAUUUAAACCUACCCUUUCCAAUUCCCGCCCCAUCCUGAUAUCCUCGAAACUAAUUUUACCUGGUAAUUAAGGGUGCUUGUGAAGUAUAUAAUGAUUUUAUGAGCCUCAUAUACAUAGAAAUUAGAUUACCUGAGAAUGGAGGUGAGGGAGGCUGCCGCGACACAGAUUUUAUUAUCUGUGGUCUCUCUCUCGCUAUCUCUAUUUUCAAUUUAUUCAUCAUCUUCUCCAGUACUUCGUCCUGCAACGAAACUACGUAUAGAAAAAAAACCACAAAAAGAGUAUAGAAAAAAAAAUGACGAAUUUAGGAAUAGACUUUCAAUGUCGACUGAAUAAUCUCAUCUGUUACUGCAUUUAAUGAUACUCGAGGGAUGAAUUUCUUGUGAACAUAACAUGAGAGCUUCAAUUCCAGAGUAAUAGAUUCUAACUUCUCGUGCAUGUAUCUCAAUGCUAUUAUAAUAAUACAAUUAUUAGUUUCUACGUGGAAACUGAUGAAAUUUCAAAAAAAAGACAAAUAACAAAUAGUAACAGUAGACGGAUUGAGGCGUAAUAAAUUGCCCACAAUAACCGUUAAAUGUUACCCUCUUGAUUUCAAGCGCGUGCUAGUCACAUACAUAUAUUAACAAUAAAACACUAUAUGAGAAUGGUUAUUGCAUUGUAAGCCACCAUUCUCAUUUAUUAUCAUGAUAUAUGUGUCAUAUGUGUGUUAUUUAAUCUCGUAGCUACGUGUCGACCAUUCCAAUGCGCCGAUUAAAUUGAAAUUAAAAAAAAAAAA